AUGGUCAUGCGUUUCUUCAUCGUCCUCGCCAUCCUGGCCUACCUCGGCACCGCCAUGGCGGCUCACUCGGCCUGGUGCACCGACAGGAAGGACGGAACGGGCCCGGCGAGCUACCGGAUCACAAAGGACUGCUGCGCCGCGACCAAGGAGCACAGCACGACCGCCUUCAACGAGGCCAGCACCAUGUGCAUGGACGCCCUGGGCUUCGGCAACGGCAUCAACCUCGGCCGCUUCGUGCGCUGCUGCGGCGACCGCGGUGCCGGUAGCCACUCGGACGGCUGA